AUGGCCUCAAUGCGAUGUCGUUUUAGAGUUCAAAACAAGAACAUCUUCCUCACAUAUCCAAAAUGUUAUGUUCCUAAAAAGAGAUUGUUAGAGAAAAUUAGAGAGCUGUUCACAAACAGGCCACCAAAUUAUGUGCGGGUUGCAUAUGAAUUACAUGAGGACGGUGAACCACAACUCCAUGCUCUUGUCCAAUUUCCAUACCGUUUUCAGACACAGGAUGAACGGUUCUUCGACGUUACGCACGAUCAAACUAAUCGGCAUUUCCAUCCAAAUGUACAAUGGGCCAACAACCAUCAGAAUGUAUUGGAAUACAUUUCCAAACACGGAGAUUACACGGAAUGGGGCGAAUUCCAUCAGAGGGGCCGCUGCGCUAACCAGGACAACAAAGAAAAUAUAUACCAUGAGGCUCUUGCAGCCGGAAGCAAAGAAGAAGCUAUGGCAUUGAUACAGUGUGGAUCGUUCCAACAGCCAUACAGCAAUGGGUUGCGGAAAAUAUAA